AAAGCCCUUUUUUUUUUUUCUUUUGUUGAUCCUUCUUGAUCGUCUUCUUCUUCUCCAGCAUUUUAUGGCGAUGGAGGCGGUCAUGGCUGAAGGGUUUAACGUUGAUGGUGAAUUGGAGUCGUUGUUAGGGUUUUUCAACUUUGACCAGUGUCCAUCAGAAGCAAAACCUCUCGGCUUCCCAAGCUUCUGCAAUAAUGAUGAUCGUCACCAUCAUCAGCACGACCAUGAUCAUGGUCAUGAUCAGAAUGUGUUUUGUCCAGAUCCUGCCUUGAUCUCAGACACUACUUUCACUUGUUUCGAAGGAGAAGCUCGUGAUGAUCGAGACAAGCAUGUCUUCCCGUUCGCUGCAAUGCCACAGCAAUUAGCGUAUCCUACGAACCACGACCCGAUCCAAGAGACGACGAUGGUGAAGGGGAAACUAGAUAUUUCGGAUUUGUGCACGAGAAGAAGCAUGGACGAAAUCGGACCCUCUAAUAAUCUUCAAGCGAAGAAUCUUUGCCCGCCAAGAAAAAAGAAGCAGAAGAAUGGCCAGGAAAGCUUAAAAAACUGCAACAGUUCAUCAUCGGAUGACGAUGCAUUAUUAGGAGAUGUUCAUGACGUACGGAACUCGAAACAAAAAGCAAGAGCCGGCAAAGGAACAGCUACUGAUCCACAGAGCCUAUACGCUCGGAAGCGGAGAGAGAGGAUCAAUGAGAGGCUGAAGAUAUUGCAAAGCCUUGUUCCAAACGGGACAAAGGUUGAUAUCAGCACAAUGCUCGAAGAAGCUGUCCAUUAUGUCAAGUUUCUCCAGCUGCAAAUCAAGCUGUUGAGCUCGGAUGAUCUAUGGAUGUACGCACCUUUGGCUUACAACGGAGGGUUUGACACGAUGGGCUUACAUCACAACCUUCUGUCUCGGCUUAUGUGAAGAGAAAUCGCACCCAAGAAACCCUCCAAGAUUCCGGUUCUUGUUCUUGUUCUUGUUCUUGUCUCUGGCUUUGUUCUUUUUUUUUUUUUGACAUUUCUCAUUCUUGUAAUUAGAUCGAAAUAUUACGCGAAGUGUAAUUUUGGA